AUGAAGUUCAUGAAAGUGGGCCGUGUGGCCAUCAUCACCCGAGGCCGUUACGCCGGAAAGAAGGUCGUCAUUAUCCAGCCUCAGGACUCCGGCUCCAAGGCUCACCCCUUCUCCUAUGCGCUCGUUGCCGGUAUUGAGCGCUACCCCCAGAAGGUCACCCGUCGUAUGGGUACCAAGAAGGUCGAGAAGCGCAGCCGCAUCAAGCCUUUCGUCAAGGUCGUCAACUACAACCACUUGAUGCCCACCCGUUACACACUCGAGCUCGAGGGCCUCAAGGGCGUUAUCUCGAACGAUACUUUCAAGGAGGUUUCCCAGCGUGAGGAUGCCAAGAAGACCGUCAAGAAGGCUCUUGAGGAGCGAUACACCAGCGGCAAGAACAGAUGGUUCUUCACUCCUUUGCGUAAGUGGAACAGAGCAGGCGGGUUCUAA